AUGAUGUAUUCACGAUAUCAAUAAUAGGAAGACCAAAUACAGGAAAAUCAACUCUUUUCAAUAGACUUAUGGGUAAAAGAAUUGCAUUAGUAGAUAAAACUCCUGGCUUAACAAGAGACCGAAGAGAAGGAUUAAGUAAUCGAUUAAUUUUAAUUCUUUUUAGCUUAGUUAUUUGAUAUACCAAUUAGAUUGGUUGAUACAGCAGGUUAUGAAUCAACCACUAUGUAAGAUGAAAAAUUACUGAAAAAGAGGUCUCUUAACAAGUAAAUGCUAUAAGACAUGCUUAAAUAAACAAGAAACGCUUUGAUAUACUCUGAUCUGGCUUUAUUCAUGCUAGAUACAAGAGAGGGCAUUACAUACAAUGAUGUUUCUUUGUACAAAUGGCUCACAUAUCAUUCACUGAAGCUUCCAAGAGAAAAGCAAGCGCUUGAAAUUAAAUAAAUGACUGAAUAAGAGAGAUAUGACUAGAUGAUGAGAUAAGAAGAAGCAUUAAACAAACGUGGAAACGAUUAGUUUAUUGCGAGUCCAGAUGAUCCAAAUUUUUCAAAGGUCGAAUUUGAUAAGCAGCAGUACAAAAAGAUAAAGCAAAUGGAAGAGUUUAGAAAGUAAUUUAAAGAUGUUGAUGACCAUUUUCUCACCACUGAUAUGAAAGUACCAGAGAUAAUCUAUCUAUCAAAUAAGAGUGAAAAUGGAUAUGAAGGAGACAUAUUGUCAGAUUUCUAUUAAAUGUUUCCAGGGAUUGGUGAGAUCAAUAGAUUUGGGGAGGAUAUAGAGCCAAUAUUUAUUUCAGCUGAGCACGGUGAUGGUUUGCCUGAUCUCUAUGCUUAAAUUAAGAAAAGAAUACCCCAGACUCAUGUAUUUCAGUUCAAAGAAAAGUAGUAAAAGCGUAUUGAGAGAUAUGGUGAAUAUAAAUAGCUUUUGAUGGAUGAAUUUAUCGACGUUAAAUAAAAAGAACUUGAAAAAAAACCAGAGGAUGAAGACUUCAAUGAUGAUAAAGAGAGUUUGAUUGCUACGGACUUAAAUGCAUUCAUGAAUCAUUGGAAUAAAGAAUUUGAUAGAUUAAAUCCUCAUCCUGAAGAUAACUCAGACUUUGAUUCUGAUAAUGAUAUUAAUCCACUUGAUACUUUGACUCCAGCAGGAAAAUACACAUCUUCGAGGUCAUUUUAAAUUUCUAGUGAUAAUCUAAUGAAGAAGAAGCCAAUUUAAUUAUCAAUUGUAGGGAGACCUAAUGUCGGAAAAAGUACUUUAGUCAACAGUUUACUUAAGGAAAAUAGAGUUAUUGCUAAUGAUCUAGCUGGAACUACCAGAGAUUCUGUCAUGAUCUAAUGGAUUUAUGGAGGCAGAAGAAUAAAUUUAGUAGACACAGCUGGAGUCAAGCCGGGAUCUGGAGUGAAGAGUUAACUUGAGGAAAUGAUUAAUGAUCAAGUAUAGUAAACUAUAGAUUUCUCCCAUGUAGUAAUAGUCCUAAUUGAUUCUAUGGAAGGUUUCACAACUGGAGAUAUGAUGGUUUUGAAAAAGGUAUUAGAAGAAGGAAGAGCAGUAGUUAUCGCUGCAAAUAAAUGGGACUUAGUUGAAGAUAAGUACAAAAAGAAAGCUGUGAAAUGGAUGGAUAAAUAAUUAGAGAAAAAUAUUGGUUAAGCUAAAGGAAUACCAAUCGCUUAUGUUAGUGCGAAAAAUGGAUUCAGAGUUGAAAAAAUACUUGAUGAGGUAAUGAGAGUUUAUGAAAAGUGGAACACAAGAGUUUCGACUGGACUUCUAAAUAAGUGGGUUCAUGCAUUUUAGAGAGUUUAAAAGAUGCCUAGUGAGGAAGGGAAAUCCUUAAAACCUAGAUUUCUAAUGCAAAUUAAAACCAGACCACCAACUUUCUUUGUCUAUACAAACAAUAGAAAUCUAAUGACUGAGAACUUUGAAAGAUUUUUAAGAAGUUCAAUUGCAAAUGAAUUUGGUUUCUAGGGAUGUCCGGUCAGAUUGUUAAUCAGAGAUAAUAAAUUACAAUAUGCGAAGAAGAGUUUAUCAUAAAUUAAUACUAACACCAGAGCAGUUCUAAAUAGAAUUAAGACACAUAAAUCUAAAAUGGAGAAUGUAACUUAUAGGAGAAGAUUAUCUGGAAAUAAAUUCCUUUACAAAGAUUGA